GUUGAUCAUGGAGGAUUAAAAUGCGGAGCGUUGCAGCCCUUUUUGUUGCGGAUAAUUACGCAUAAUCCCAAUGAUUCCGCGUGGCUCAUUUGCAUCUCGUUGAACGCUUGGGGAAUUGGGGGGUGUGUGGGAAGGAUCCGGAUAAGGAGAAAGGAGGAAGGAAGGCCGAUCGAGGGGGAUUUUUAGGGCGUGUGGAUCCGUGAUGCCUCCGAAAGGUGUGAGCAAAGCGGUGAAUAAGAAGUGUCGCGAGUGCAAGAAACAGGUACCAGUCGCAACAAAGCACUGUCACUGCGGUCACCAAUUCUUCGAGGAGAGACGUCGGUCAACCACCUCAAACACCUCAGAGGUAGAGGAGAUUGACGACGGCCAGCUGAAGGAGAUGAAACCAAGCAGGGGAUCGGCCACGUCAACUGCAGUUAGUGGAAUCAUGUCUCUAACGGCAUCAGUGGGCAAGGGAGACCUAGGCUCGUCAGCCCCCGAGGGCAAGCGUCGCAGUGAGAGGGUCAAACGGGAGAAACCCAACUUCUAUGAUGCCUUAGAGUAUGAGAAUCAAAUGAGGAAGGCCCGGAAGGAGAGACAGAAGGAAGAGCCUCCUAACCCCACGGGACGGGUGAAGCGUGAACGGAAAGUGAAGAACAACUCAGAGCCGGUUAGUGUUACCAUGUAUCGCUAUAACAAGGAAGAGGAGGAAGAUGAAGAGCCAGUGAAGGAAUAACAACAAUGGCGAGAAGAAAGACAAGGAAGAAGAAGUGGACGAAGACAUCAUGGCAGGCAUCACCGCAGAGAAGGAGAUGCAGUUCGGCAUUGUCUUAUCAGAUAUCAACUUCAAGCUUGGUCUCAACAACCCAAAAUUUAUCAAAAUUUGAAUGCCUUUCACCUCGUGAAAGAAAGUGAAUUAGGUUGGCAGUAGGUCCUGUGGAUAGGGCAACUGUAUUUGAAUAUGAAAUUCAAAGAGAAUUAUUUAUUUGAGGUCGGUCAAGAAAUGUGGUGAGCAAGAAUACCAAAUAUAAAAGGGAGUCAAUUAUAGUGCUGUUAGAAUCAAAUAAUAAGUCAGCAUUUAUUCUAGAGUGAUGUUUCAUGUUGCAUCAGCUAUGUCAGUUGCAGCAUACAAUAUCAGAAUGCAGUUUUAAUGCAUUAAUUCAUUUUCAAAAAAUGAAUAAUCAGUACUAUUUGAUGAACUAAAGUUGGGAUUUUGUAAACUUCAUUACACCUCUCUUAUGAGAGGAAAUUUUCAGAUGUAGUUUAAAAUAGGAGAGAUUUAUUAAUUGAUUAUCCGAGUCUAUAUCAUAUCUCUUGGACGCAAGGUAGCUAGAACGUCAUAUGUCUCCUCUGUACCCUAAGUUUGUCUUGGAUAUGAAAAGUUCGUAUUUCUAGAAAAAAGUAAUUAUUUUUUUCUAAUUCUUGGUUUUAUAUUUGCAUAUUGUCAUACAUUAAUGACAAAAGUAGGUGGAGAAGGGAAAGACCUUUUGUAUUAUUUCUAAGUUAGAAAAUUUUGGUCACAUAUGACAGGAAUUAGGAGGGCUGUAAGAAAGUAUGGAUCCUUCUUAUAUUUAUAAUGACACUUUGAUAUAAAAAAUCGCAGUAAAUUUUAUAAUGGCAAAUGAAAUGUAUUUUAUCAUAAUGAUGCCAAUAUUUGUACUAAUUUCUUUUAAACAAAUGAAUGAUCUUUAAUGUCAGAUUUUUGUUAUUCAGACUGACAAGAGUACAGUGAACAAUUUUAUGAGAUCUUCCAUUAUUGUGAAAUAUUUACAAGUUUCUUUAUGAAUGUUUUAUAAAGAAGUAUAAUGUCCAAGGAAUCUAGUAUCAUUAUAUGAACUUACAACAUAGUACAUAAAUUUCAUUUCCUUCAUUUUUCAAAAAGCAAUGAGUCUUUAUUAUCGUUAUUAUUACUACUAUUCUCUGCCAUUGUAUAUACUAAGGUGUACAUAUUUCUUAUGGUCAGGGAAAGGAAGGGAAUAAUAUAAGGUAUUUUCAUAAUACGGAGAACCAAGUAAGUACCUUCAGUUGAAGUUGAUGCGUAAAUUUAAACCAAAGUUUCACACCUCAUCAGAUUCUUCCCUAAAGCUGUCUAGGAAGGAAAGUAUUAUCUUUUUUUAUUUCUUCCAUUAAUGAUUUAUCAUCAUCUUCCAGUAUUAAGGAGAGAAAUCUCACAGCUGUACUUCAGUCAUACCUAUUUAUAGCAUCAGGAAACCCAAAAGACAAAAAAUAAUAAUGAUAUUAAGGGAAAAAAACAAAAA